AUGAAGGAAGGAGCUGUUUUUGUAGAAAAUAAGUUAGAAAUUCUAUUUGCAGUGCGACAUCCACCAGUUCGGAGGAGUGCGUCUUCUGUGUCAUCGAGUCGGGAACACGAUGUCCACGAACACUUCCGACGAUCGUUAAGCGGUAAAUGGCCAAGGCGAUCAAAAGUCGAUGACGAGAAGACACGAGCAUCUCCAAUCACCAGAAGGACCUCAUUUAACAACCACGGCAGCUCCAACUGUACACAGCAACCACACGUAAUCGUCAGUAAUAGCGGCAUUGACAUUGUCGACCACUUCCGACGUGCGCUGUCUGAAAAAGAUUUUGAGAAUUGGCAGCGGAAAAGGAAACGCCACCUCACAAACUUCAAAAUAACUCGGUGA